AUGAAUGGAAUUGAUCAAGAUCUUGAAGGUGGUCGUGGUGGACGUGUGGGGCGUGUGGGACACGGGGGGCCUGACGGCAACCAUCGGAGAGAUAUCCAUCAGUCACAAAAUCAACUCCAAAGCGAUGACCGACAUUCGGUGAUUGACGAUGAUGAUAACCGUGAAGCUCGAGAUUUGGAUGCUGACAUUGGUUCCGGUUCCGGCUCUGGUUCUGGCUCUGGUUCUGGUUCCGGUUCCGAUGCAGGUUCAACUCAUUCAGACGCUAAUGCUGGCCCAUCGGUCACCUUCAACGACGAUCUUGCGUUCUCUCGUGGAAUUAGGGAAAUGGAAUCAAGUGGUUUGGUGGAUAUAGGAAAUUUGGCAACGUGGAAUGCCUCUAGUAGCAAAUCUGGUUUUGGAAUAAAGGAAUUACGAGAGGAUUCUCCAGCUAAUUACUGGCAGAGUGACGGUCAACAGCCUCAUUUUAUCACAGUUCAUUUUACAAAGAAGGUCACCGUGGAACGGGUCUGUCUGUACUUGAACUAUGAAGCUGACGAGUCGUAUACACCAAGUAAAAUAUUGAUUAUGGCUGGAUCAGGUGACCACGAUCUCGUGGAAGUUGCAUCACGGGAGUUUAGGGAACCCUUAGGUUGGCAAAACAUCCUCUUCAAAGGAAUUCGAUAUGACAACCUACUAAAGUGUUACCUGAUCAAAAUUUGUUUUCUAAGCAACCAUCAGAAUGGAAAGGAUUCUCAUGUUCGAUCAAUUAAGGUGAUGAGUCCUCAGAACAAUACUAGAGAAGCAUUCGAUGAGGGUAGAUGUAUUGGAUUUACUAGUGUAAAACUACUAAGUGAAAGUGUAAUCAGAUGA